AUGAACAAGUCAAGGAAGAGGAGAGAGCGAAGUGAGGACGAGCACAAGCCCUCGGUAGAGGCGGAAGAGCAGGGAAGGGACAUGUGUCGCAUGCCGAUAGACUUUGACAAGGUAAAGAAAGCGUUUGAUCGGGAUGGGCUUGUGAUCGUUCCAAUCCUCACCGCCGACCAAUGUGACGAGCUCAUACUUGAGCAAUGGCGCAACAUCAUUCUGCAACAACCUUGGAAGGAGGAGCACAGGAUCCGAAUCCAUGGCAGUGACGGGAGACUGCUGGACUUGAAGUUGCCGGAUGACCGGAGAGAGUUUCUUGACAUCGUGAAGAAGCCUCUGUCGAAGCAGAGACGAGAAGAGUUUGAGCAAGGCUGGUGCCUGCACAGAGGGUUUGGCGCAUGCUGCGAUCCGCAGUCCUUUCACUCCCCUCUGGUGUGGGCGAUCAGGCAGGACCCGCUGCUCUACCGGCUCGCUUCCACCAUCUUAGACAGGAAGGAGCUGUGGGUGGACAUCAACCGCUCCAUCCAGAAGCUGCCGGGGCAGGGAGAGAAGAAGUUUCUGCACUGGGACAACAAUCCCUUUGCAGUCAGUGACGCGCAGGUCAAGGUUGACAGUGUGUGUGGGAAGGUUUGCUACACGUCCUCACGCUUUGUAGCUGUGCUGGGCACUCACACGCCUGAGUUCCACAAGGAGUUCAGAGAGACUUACGGCAGGUUGUACCCGCACGUGAAGGAGAGCGACAGCAAGUUUGCGCUCGAUCAUCAGAAAGAAGAUCCUCUCCUCCUCUUUCAGCGACAGCAGACCCUCCCCGUCCCUGCCGGCUCCCUCGUCUUUUGGCAUCCCCAGCUGCUGCAUGGCCAAGCCAAGACCCCUCUCAACGACCCGACGGAGUACGGGUGCUACCUCGGCUACUUCCCGGCUGGCGCCCGAGCUGCUUACAAGCAAAAGUGCGGUGUGGAUGAGCUGGAAGACCGACUGUCUUCCUACGAGCUGGGUAAGGCGCCAAAGCUGUGGCCGAGUUUGGACGCCAUUCACUUCUUUCCCAAGAGGUUCCUCAACUUCCCUAAGAUCCUUGAGAGCUACGUCAACAAGCUUCCUCCCGGCCACCCUUGGAUCAAAACGAGAAGAACCUUGAAAGGCAGUGAAGCCCUCACGCUUGAGCCUGUGCUCGACCCCCAGUACUCGCCCCCCCCUCUCUCCUCGCUCGGUCAGCUGCUACUUGGCAAGAAGCCUUGGUCCGGCCAGAAUGACGACGUACAAGGCGACCAGUCGUGCAAGAAGAAACGGAAGAAGGCUCAGGAGCCUCGAGGCGCCAUGGACGAGGUCAUGGGAGGGGGAGCAGGCGGGGAGGGAGGGUGCGGCUACAACAGUCUGAGCGUGGAGGCGAGGAGGCUCGACUGUCUUGGCAACAAGGUUCUGCUGGUCACGAAGGAGCAGCGGGGCUACGGGCUGCGAACAGACUUGGAGGUUUACGCGCAGGGGCUGGAGGAGCUCAAGUGGGAGGUCAGGAAGCAGGAGCUCGUGCGGCUGACGGCCGGAGAAGCUGGUGGACGCAAGAGACCGCAUCCUUCACUCGCAGAGCUGAGGGAGAACUUGAGAUGGUGCAACGUGAUGGUCGGGUUCGAGUACCUGGGCGACAGCAGCACGUGGACGGCAAUCGAGGAAGAGCAGAAGCAGCGGAAAGAGGACGGCGGAAGGAGGAUGAAGAUAGUAUUUGUACCUAACCUCGAGUAUUGCAAGGAGAGCAACGAGGCGACGAGCGACACGAUGAAGCAUCUGAAGCAAGUGGAUGUGAUAGUCGCCAAGACUGAAUGUGUCUUUCACCGCCUUCACCGCCUCUUCCUCCUCCGAAAGUUUUCAAGUGGUCUAGGCAAUCUGCUCCUCAUCCCCCACACGUCGAUGCUGCAGGUGCCGGCGAUCGAGAGAGACACGAGGAGGAGGAAGGGAAUCAUUCACUUUCACGGGUUCUCCAAGUCCAAGAACUCCCUCGAGAACUGCAAGGCUGCUUCCAUCCUUCUCCGCCGUCACCCUCAAGUUUUUGACCGCCUGGUCGUCAAGUGCUCAAGGGCUGGAGGCUGUAAAGUGUGCGACAAGAUCCGUCGAGCUCUGGGAGAAGAGCCAAAGCUUCACUUCAUAGAGCAAGAGCUCAGCGACGAGGGCAAGUUCUCUCUCUACAACUCCUGCAGACUCGCCUUGUGCGCCUCCUCCUCCGAAGGCUUCGGCCAUCACGUGCUGGAGGCCGCGGCCUUGGGCUGCCAGGUGGUGACGACGGACGGGAUGCCGAUGAGGAGCAUCCUGAGGCAUCAGGUGGCGCUCGCAAGGCCGCAAGACGAGAGAGGGAGGAGCGUCAACCUGGGCUUGACCUUCACUGUGCGGAGCCAAGAGAUCGUAAGAGCCGCGGAGGUUCUGCUGCAAAAGACGUACAAGCCCGAGGCCUGCCAGCAGAACCUGCUCCUCCGCAUCCGAGACUUCCGCGAACAUCUCAACCACCUCGUCCGCCUUCGCUCGCAUCCCUCCUCUCCACCAUCCUGCUCGUGCUCUCAGCAUCGUGAGCCCAUCUUGGAUAUCGCAAAGUGCCCCAAGUGCGGGAAGCGCAUGGUAGGGGAGCUGAGGCCGGUGAAUCAACAGGCACCAGAUCGAGUGUUCCUCUUGUGCCGCGACUGCGACUAUGAGGAGAAAGCAGAAUGA